AUGGCGGAUUCAAACGAGCUUAUCGACUUCGACAUUAUUGAAGCCCAAAAAGAAAACGUCCAAUCCCUCCCCGGUGGCCGAUCAGCUCGAGAACUUGCUCGGAUUUUCUCUGGUGGUAGCAACACUAGCGAUAAAUAUGCUUCACCAACACCGAACCAUACAAGGACACUAAACGAUGCAAUCCGUCAAGAAUACGAAACCGAACUAGAAGCAAUCGGUGAAUCAGACGACCCACUUGAUGUCUACGACCGUUAUGUGAAAUGGACUCUAAAUGCGUAUCCGUCCGCCCAAGCCACCGCUGAAUCAGGCGUCCUACCACUACUGGAGCGUGCCACAAAAUCCUUCCUCUCAUCUACACACUACAGAAACGACCCACGAUACCUAAGGCUAUGGCUUCAUUACAUUCGACUUUUCUCCGAUGCACCACGGGAAACAUUCGCCUUCCUAUCACGACACCAUAUCGGUGAGGGGCUGGCAUUGUUCUAUGAAGAAUUUGCCGCAUGGUUGGAAGGUGCGGGGCGCUGGACACAGGCAGAUGAGGUUUACAGACUCGGUGUAGAUCGUGAGGCUCGGCCGGUCGAGCGAUUACUCCGAAAAUACAGCGAAUUCCAGCAGCGAUAUGAGCAGCAGCCACAAAACGCGGGUCCUUCAUCGCCUGCUAUGCCGAAAGUUCGAGCGGCUUUGGGUGUGAAAGUUGAUCCAUUUGCGUCUGCUGAUGGCUCUCCAGAUCCUCAGUCUGCAGCACGAGCGGCGCCUGCUCCUGCGAAGACCAAGUCUGGAAAACCAAAGAUGGCCAUUUUCUCCGAUGCCGAUGAAGUUGCACAGCCAGCUACUAGUGGUGGAGCGACAAAGGGUUGGGAGAAUAUUGGAUCGAUGGAAGAACGCAAGAAGGAGAAUCGGGUAGAGGCGAAGCCGUGGGCGGGAGAGACAUUAAAGGCAGGGAAAAAAUCUGGACCAACACAGAAGAUGGCUAUUUUCCGAGACGAGUCCAAUCCCAAUUCAUAUGAAGAAAAUCAAGAAUCAAGUGCUCCCCAGCACGUUCCGGAACAUCAUGUAAGGGAAGCGGUAAAUCCACGGACGGGUCGUCGAGAACGUGUUUUCGUCGAUUUGAAGGCAGUAUAUCCAGAUCGUCACAACCCAGCGCACGAAAUCAGUUUUGAAGAGCUACGUGCCAUGAAGCGAGGAUGGACGAGCAAGAAUUGGCGCAAGCAGAAGGAACCACUCAAACAGAUUUCCGGUAAUGCUGUCGGUAUCGAGUCUCCCGGUUCGAAGCCUAGUGCACAUAUUUCUAUGAAGGACCAAUCUGAGCAACCUGAACAAAAAUUCGCCACCAGUGAACAGCGUGGACAAUCGCCAUCUCUUGACCAGGGUGGAUCUCAUUCAGGCAAGUCUGGAAAAGCACGACGAUUCAAGGUUCAAGGGGAGACGCAGACGAUCAAAAUGAAGUUCGAUUCGCCAAAUAAUUCCAAGGUCCGCCGGAAGAGUACUAGAGAGCCAACUAUGACGAUGCAUACUCGGGCUGCCACAGAUGAGAUCUACGACCUUUUUAACCAGCCAUUGAAAGCAGAGACGGAAGAUGCUGCCGAUAGCGUAUUUGGAAGCGACUAUGAGGAUGAUGAUGAUCUCGCCAGCAAUGCCGAUAGUACAGUCACAGGCCACCUUUCUGCCGCAUCAAGUGACCUUGGUGACGAAGACACACACCAUUUUCAUCGGUCCUAUGAUGAUACUGGAUAUGCAGACACUACCCGAGCUGAGAGCGUUGUCGACGGAGAUUGGACCGAGUUCAGCGUCAGCAAGGAUAUCCCAGGCCAUGAAUACGGCGAUGCUACAUCUCAAUCAGUUUAUAGUGACGGUGCCCCGGAUCAAUCUGACCAUGGAACUCCGGAGAAAGGACGUUUUGUCCCACAAAUGCCAGAAGACUACGCGGCGCCUUAUGGUACUUACAGAGAUCCUGCAAUUAUGGCUCAAAACCGUCUGCCAUUUAUGACACCAAUUGUGGAGCGGACCGAAUCUUCCAUCCCGUCACAAACAAUUGCUCGAAAUCACCUGUAUAACACCAAGACACCAUCAAAGCCUCAGAUGGGCAACCUUCUUUCCAGUCCAGUCGGGGGCGCAACUCCGUACCAUGGGGAUAAUACUAUGUUGUCUACUGCAGAUGUCCCAUUCAGCCCUACUGCUUUCAGGGCCCUGGCCCCCAAAUCGCGCCGACGUGGAGAGGUCGUCAUCAAGGACAUGCAGUGCAAUCCAACUGAUAAGGGAAUUCGAAACACAAUCCUGAACGCCUUGGAACCGUCACUGGCUUCUUACGCGGGGUAUCAUAGCCACGGUAAAGAGAGUAACUACACCUCCAUGAUUCAAAAAUUCGUCCGAACCCAUAUUCGAAAGUCUAAGGGCAGCGACGAUGCAUUCGAUACUCCGGCCUUGGAGUUCCCUGGUGCUGAACGCAACUACAUUAUCCGACGGGAACUUGGUGCCGGUGCGUAUGCUCCAGUCUACCUGGCAGAAAGUGUUGACAGUCCCGGAGCCUAUGACUUUGACGAAAAUGAUGAGAACGACGAGAACGCCCCCUUCGGCAGGGAUUCCCGUUCCAAGACCGCUACUCCUUAUAAAUCCGCACGAUAUCCAUUUGAGGCUAUUAAGGUCGAGAAUGGGCCUUCCAGCGCCUGGGAAUUCUACAUGAUCCGCACCGCGCAUGAUCGCCUGAGGCACUCUGCCGAUCACCUCCGCGCUACCGAUAGCAUUGUGCGUGCGCAUGAGCUGCAUGUGCAUCCGCGCGAAAGCUUCCUUGUAGAAGACUAUCGAGGCCAGGGUACCCUGCUUGACCUGGUCAAUAUCCUUCGCAAUGAUCCUUCCAGUCAGCAUAGCGAAGGUGGGCUCGAGGAAAUCCUGGCCAUGUUCUUUUCAGUCGAGCUCAUGCGUACCAUCGAGGGCCUCCAUGCUAACGGCAUUUUGCAUGGUGAUAUCAAAGCUGAUAACUGUCUCGUCCGUCUUGAUGACGCGACUCCCGAAGCUGAUCCAGCAUCCGCAAUGUCUCUUCUUGAUCUGAACGACGAGCCAUCUGAAUCUCGGGAUAGUGCGCACUACUCACCCAACGGGUACCAUGGCUGGCGCCACAAGGGUCUUGAUCUGAUUGAUUUCGGCCGUGGCAUUGACAUGCAUGUCUUCCAGCCUUCCGUGCAAUUUGUCGCUGAUUGGGAGGUGGGUACGCAUGAGUGUAACGAGAUCCAUGAGGCACGGCCCUGGACGCACCAAAUCGACCUUUACGGUAUUGCCGGUACGAUCCAUGUUCUCCUCUUCGGCAAGCAUAUCGAGUCCAUGCUUGUGCAAACAGGUGGCAACCCAUCCGCCACGGCACGCACCUACCGUCUCCGCGAGUCCUUGAAACGGUACUGGGAUCGAGAACUGUGGUCCGAGGUAUUUGAUCUCUUGUUGAAUCCUGGUGCUGAGCAUUGGGCACAGAUGGAACGUGACAAUGGUGCUGGUGAAUCUCCCUCUCCCAUACUGCCUGUUCUCCAUUCUAUGCGCUAUGUGCGUCGCAAGAUGGAGGAUUGGCUUGUUGCCAAUGCUGAGAAAAAGGGACUUGUGGUUCAGCUCCGCAAGAUCGAGACACUACUCGCUGAGCGAAAAAAGAAACUUGAGCGGUCUUGA